AAUACCAGCUGGCCUGUAGUUACUGCGACACAGAGCGAUACGCAGAUGGAAAGAAACUACAUUAUGAGGCUUUAGAGUACUACAAAAAAGCUCUGGAAAAUGGUGAUUUAACCAAAAAAUUUGCAGAGACUCGUAUGGCAUGGUGUUACAAUGGAUUGGGACUAAUAGCUCGUUACUUGGGCAAGCUACAAGAGGCUAAAGAACUGCUUCAGAAAUCUCACGACAUACACAAGGAACAUGACAACAAACGGAACAUGGCUGAUGCUCUGCAGAAUCUUGGUCUGGUUGCAUUGGAUUUAAAGGAAUACGACAAGGCUAUUGCCAUCUACGAAGAUGCUCGUAAGAUAUAUGAAGAAAAGUUUUUUGGGACUGUGCCCCAUAUUAUUGGAAAUCUUCUCACCAACGUCGGUUUGUGCUACAGAAGGAAAAAUGAUUUGGUUUCUGCUGAGAAAAACUAUUUGGAAUCGCUGCGAGUGAAGGCCAAUGCUGUGGGCUGGGAUCACCCAAUCAUUGCGGUUAACUACAUGAACCUUGGAACACUUGAGAUGGUGCGCAAAAACUGGAAAGCUGCUGAAGAUUAUGCCAAAAAAUGUAUUGAAAUUUACAAAAUCAAUUUAUAUCCUGAAGACAAUUACAAUCAUCGACGCGCUCUGGAAAAUCUGUUGUUUGCGUGGAUGAUGAUGGACCGCUAUGAUGAUGAAGUGCAGGAUAUGUUCUGGCGUCUCUGUGAGUACUCACACUUGUCAAAAAUGCUGGCAACAAUUUGUAAUCAGAACUAG